CGGUACUAUCAAAUGCUGCGCUCGCUACCUGCGUUAUUUGCUUUCCUAGAGAUAGGCAAAUCUUCAUGUAAUCGCUAACGUUGCUACUAGAAAAGACACCGAGAGGAAUACAUGUACUAAGAUACAAUUUGUUUUUUCGUUUGAUUUAUAAAGGACUUUACUUUUAGUUACAUGUAGUAGUUGAAAGUAGAAAACGGCUGCGAAAUUCAUAGGGAUCGAAAUUUGAGAUUUGUAAACAGUAAAAACUGUUGCAGGGCCUUUUUAUGCAAUCUGUGUAAUUCGACUGACUAAUAAUUACAUGUAAGAAGUUCUUGUUGCAUUUGACCGAGUCAACAUGACAUCUUAUUCCAGUCAAUCGGACAUAGUAUCUAACCUCUCCGCGCCUUAUCCCCAGCAAGCAAUGAACAAACGGAUUAUCUACGGAUUAGGAGGUGUUGCGGUGGUGGUCAUCCUCGCCUUAUCCAUCGCGCUGGGAGUCGUCGCCAACAAAGACAGCGACAAGCAAACGUAUAAUUAUCCUCCAAAUGUGCAACCCAGCAGCUCAGUAUCGCAACAACCAGCAACAUGCCCUCAACAAACUACGUCUUGCAAGCCUCAGGUGAUUAUGUGCCCGGAACCGUACAGACCGGAACCGGAAAUCAAGCGACCGGAAAUGCCAACGACAGCCGAUUGUCUGAAACAAUAUGGAAAUCCUACCGAUUUACAAAUUGCCAACUGUGUACUCGAGAGUUAUCCUCUAAUAGAUGGACACAAUGACCUGGCCUACUGGUACUAUGAGACCGUCCACAACAAGGUUUACAGUGUGGAUAUGCGGAAAAAUCUUAAGGUACUUUACCCCAACUCCACCAUCCAUACCGACAUUCCAAGGAUCCGACAGGGAAGGCUCUCAGCUCAAUUUUGGGCCGUGUACGUGGACUGCGGGAGUCAGUACAAGGACGCUGUCAAGUUAUCUCUAGACCAGGUGGACACCGUCAAAAAGUUCAUCAGAAAGUACCCGGAUGUCUUCAAAUUUGUUACCACUGCUCAGGGGAUACUGGACGCUUUUAAAGAACGAAAAUUCGCCAGUCUAAUGGGCCUGGAGGGAGGUCAUUCCAUCGACAGCAGUCUUGGUAAUCUGCGCAUGUUCUAUAACCUAGGCAUUCGAUACAUGACCGUGACCCACAGCUGUAACACACCAUGGGCAGACAACUGGCAUAUGGACGAUCGUAGGACCACAGAGUUUAAUGGCCUCUCGGAAUUCGGAAAGGUUGUUAUCAAGGAGAUGAACCGGUUAGGGAUGCUGGUCGACUUGUCCCACGUUGCCAAGGCAACCAUGAUCGCAGCCCUGAACGUUACAGAGGCCCCUGUAAUAUUCAGCCACAGUUCCGCGUACAAAAUAUGUAAUCACCAUAGAAACGUACCAGACGAUGUUCUACAACUGGUGAAAACCAAUGGAGGAAUCGUGAUGGUCAACUUCUAUCCGAAUUUUGUGAAUUGUCCACCCAACAAUGAUUCCAGCGUACUAGCGACAGUACAGCAAGUAGCAAAUCACGUGGAUCAUAUCAAAAAUCUGAUUGGCGUAGACCACGUGGGAAUAGGAGGUGACUAUGAUGGAAUUCCAACGACACCUGUUGGUCUUGAGGACGUGUCAAAAUACCCAAACCUAUUUGCCGAGCUUUCCAGGAGGCACUGGUCUACUAAAGAUCUUGAAAAGCUUGCAGGCAGGAAUCUCAUCAGAGUUUUCAAAAUGGCCGAAAAGGUGCGUGAUCGUCUGUCGUAUAUACCGCCCUAUGAAGACAUCUUACCAGUGGCAGAGCGGAGAGGAAAUUGCUCAACACUCAUUGAAUAGAGAAGAAGCAAUAAUAUAUAAA